AUGCGGUUAAUAUCGCUUCUCACCUGCUUCGUCGCCUUUCUGGCGCCGCUAGCCUCCGCCGUUCAGCUCCUUGAAUCCAAUGCACUCAGCGUGUGCAUGGAAAGUAGCAACUUCACGGCAACAUAUUUCAGCGUCGCCUUCUACCCGGGAAACAACACUCUUAUGGUUGGCUUCGAUGGCGUCUCAUACAUCGAGGGUAAGGUUGUUGCGGAGAUGACCCUUACCGCGUAUGGCUACGAGGCAUACAAGAACACCCUCAAUCCUUGUUCGAUUGCUGGCAUGGGUAUGUGUCCCAUGUCCGCUGGACCCAUGGAUUUGGGACCGCUUUCUCUCGACCUGCCAGCGGGCACUUCAGACAAGGUUCCUGGUAUUGCGUACACUGUGCCUGAUCUUGACGCAAAUGUGCGGAUUGUCAUCAAGACAGCCGACACUAAUGAAAAGAUUGCUUGUGUCGAGGCCUCGCUUUCCAACGGCAAGACCGUUAAUCAAGCUGGAGUCUCAUGGACAACUGCGGUCAUCUCCGGACUAGGUCUCGCAGCAUCUGCCAUUACCUCCGGACUAGGCCAUUCCAACACCGCGGCUCACGUCGCGGCAAAUGCGCUCUCUCUUUUCGGAUUCAUGCAGUCGCAAGCGAUUAUUGGCAUGACCUCCGUUCAUAUGCCCCCGAUUGUGGAAGCUUGGACCCAGAAUUUCCAAUGGAGCAUGGGUAUCAUCCCCGUGGGAUUCAUCCAGAAGAUUGCUACCUGGUAUCAGCGGUCAACCGGUGGAACUCCGUCGACAAUCCUGUCACAACUUGGGGAUACUUCCGUGGAAGUCCUCAAGCGCCGCAAGCGUGACUUCGCUGACCCAGCAAUGAACCUCUUGAAAAGGGCCACGGGACCAAUGAUAGUUAAGCGGGCAACUGGUAUGGUCAAGAGAGCCGACCAGAAAAGCCAGAAACUUCUUGUCAUUCGAGGAAUUGAUCGUGUUGGGUUCCGUGCGAACAUGGAGGAUACCAACAUCUUCCUCACUGGCCUAAUUUUCUUUUCGGUCUUCACCUGCAUUGUCGUCAUCAUCGUCGCAGCCUUCAAGGGAGUUACUGAGCUGCUUGUCAAACAUGGCAAAAUGAAGAGCGAACGGUUCCAGGACUUCCGCAAUGGAUGGAAGAUAGUUCUGCGUGGUAUCUUGUUUCGACUGACUCUCAUCGGUUUCCCCCAGAUGACCGUUCUUUGCCUCUGGGAGUUCACUCAGCGCGACUCGCCGGCCGAGGUUGUUUUGGCAGCGGUUAUGCUCCUUUCUAUGCUCGUCUCUCUUGGGUGGGCCUCUCAGAAGGUCAUUCGGCUGGCAAAGCGUUCAGUGACCAUGCACAAGAACCCGGCAUACAUUCUUUACUCUGAUCCGUCCUGUCUGAACAAGUGGGGCUUUUUGUACGUGCAGUACCGAGCGACGGCAUACUACUUCGUCGUUCCGUUCCUCGUCUACACCUUGAUCAAGGGUAUGUUCAUCGGUCUGAGCCAGCCUGCACCGGUCGUUCAAACAGUCGCUUUGGUGAUUCUUGAGCUAGCCAUGCUGGUUGCUGUUUGCGUUCUCCGUCCUUGGAUGGAUAAGAAGACUAACGUCUUCAACAUCUCUAUUGCUGUGAUUAAUUUCCUCAACUCCAUCUUCCUGCUCGUUUUCUCAGAUGUGUUCGACCCCCCCGGAAUGAUGAUCGGUGUCAUGGGUGUUGUCUUCUUCGUUUACAAUGCCGUAUUUUCUUUGGUCCUCUUGAUCCUGGUUCUCAUCGCCUCUGUUUAUGCCGUUGUGUCCAAGAACCCCGAUACUCGUUACCAGCCCAUGCGCGACGAUCGUGGCUCGUUCAUCAAGUCCCAAACCCAGCUGACUACCGAAUUGGAUGCGUUGGGUGCUACAGCGCGUGGUGAUACCAAGCCUGGGCAAUAUCACAACAACAACCCAUUCGACGAUGAUACCGCUUCUAUCUCCAGUGGAAACGGUGCUACCGUCGGCCGCCAAAUGGAAUCAACCUACCCACCGCACGGCUCUGCCGCCCAAGCGCCUCGGUCACCCGUUGACCCAUCUGUGCCACUGUUCCCCAGUAACGUGUCAGGUCAUCACAACCCUCCCCCCGGAUACGACCAUUACGGUCGGGCCCCUUCACCCGCCCCAAGGAGCUUUGAUAACACCUCUCCUGUUGGCCAAUCUGCUUUGUCGACAACCUAUCGAGCGCAGAACAGUCCCAGUCCUUGGCAACGGGGCGCUGGCUAUGACCAUUAA